AAGGUGUUUAGUUGAUGGUUUGUAAAUUGGAAAUGAGUCAGGUUCCCCCCCUCUCCCCCUCUCCCUCCUAUACUGUUUUAUUUAUUUUAUUAUUAUUAGUUUUUGGGGAUGGGGGGGAUUUAAUGCGCUGGCGUAUCCCGGUGGUUGCCUGGUAACGCGCUGGCAGUGGGCGCCGUAGAGAGAUCUGUGUGGUGGGCGCUCCAUUAAAACCGUUGGCGCUCCUGACCUUGGCGUCGUGAAUGCGCAAAGCACACAGGCUGUGCGAAGCAGCAGAUAAGAGCGCAGAUCCGUGUGUUUGACAUCCUAAAGCCGGAGGAAUAUUCUAUACAGAUCCUCCCCACCAUCACCACCACCAUCACCUCCUUCUCCCCUUUCUCCAGCUCCGUGUCUUGCAUCCUGACUGACGGGAAUGGUAUGGAGGAAAAUGUUGGGAUGGAGCGCGUUUCAGCUGGUGUAGAAGCAGAUCUGUACGCACUGCCAUGAAAACACGCAGCAGGGCAGAUCCAUUUCUGACCGAGGUGCAUCUGGAUUCGAUAACUAUUGGAUUUCAAGACGAAUCGAGCGAUGCCUGUUUGACGGGGUCAGUGCAGAGGGUCUAAUCAGACACUAGAGUGUGCGUUUGUGUUGUGUAACAGCACUGUCCUGCCCAGACCAUGUGGCUGGCUACACUCAAAGGCCAUCUGUUGCCUGGACACCUGCUCCAUCAGCAAGGGACUGCAACCGUCGCUCACUGUGCUCUUCUUUGGUGGAUGUUAUGUUCCUCCUGGUCUUUGACCAAGGCGACAAGCCAGAAAUUCUACCCAACUGUGACCACCCAGUUUGGGAAACUGCGGGGCCUCCGGGUGCCCGUGCCCAGCGAGGUCCUCAGACCCGUUGAUCAGUACCUCGGGGUCCCCUACGCCGCUCCGCCUGUUGGUGAGAAGCGCUUCAUGCCCCCCGAGCAGCCCUCGCCGUGGUCCGGGGUCAAGAAUGCGACCCACUUCAUGCCCGUGUGCCCGCAGAACAUCCACAACACGGCGCCAGAGAUUAUGAUGCCCAUUUGGUUUACCUAUAACCUGGACACAGUAGCCACGUACAUUCAAGAUCAGAGCGAGGACUGUUUGUACCUGAACAUCUACGCGCCGACAGAGGAUGGAAGCCAACACAAGAAAAGGGGGGCGGCUUUCUCACACGCUGAGAUUCAUAUAUCUGAAGAUAUAAGGGACUCUGAAGCCCGACCCGUUAUGGUUUACAUCCACGGAGGGUCCUAUAUGGAGGGCACUGGGAACAUGAUGGAUGGCAGCAUUCUGGCCAGUUAUGGGAACGUCGUGGUCGUGACUCUCAACUACAGGAUUGGAAUAUUAGGAUUCCUCAGUACUGGUGACCAGGCGGCGAAGGGAAACUACGGCCUCCUGGAUCAGAUUCAGGCUCUGCGCUGGAUCAGUAAAAACAUUGGUUACUUCGGAGGAGAUCCGGGCCGCAUAACCGUCUUUGGGUCUGGGAUCGGAGCUUCGUGCGUCAGUUUGCUGACGCUGUCCCACCACUCAGAGGGUCUGUUCCAUAGAGCCAUCAUCCAAAGCGGUUCAGCACUCUCCAGCUGGUCUGUCAACUACCACCCAGUCAAGUACACUCGCAUGCUUGCAGAGAGGGUUGGCUGCAACGUGUUGGACACCGUGGACAUGGUGUCCUGCCUGCAGAAGAAGAGCGCCAAGGAGCUGGUGGAGCAGGACAUCCAGGCCGACCGUUACCGCGUGGCUUUCGGCCCUGUCAUCGACGGCGACGUGAUCCCGGAUGACCCAGAGAUCCUUAUGGAGCAGGGGGAGUUCCUUAACUACGACAUCAUGCUGGGCGUGAAUCAGGGCGAAGGGCUGCGCUUCGUGGAGAACGUGAUGGACCUGGAGGACGGGGUCUCCGGCAGUGACUUUGACUUUGCCGUCUCCGAUUUUGUGGACAGCUUGUACGGCUACCCAGAGGGUAAGGACACCCUGAGGGAGACUAUUAAAUUUAUGUACACAGACUGGGCUGACAAGGACAAUCCGGAAACCCGGAGGAAAACGCUGGUCGCCCUCUUCACUGACCACCAGUGGGUGGAGCCGUCAGUGGUGACAGCUGACCUGCACGCCCGCUACGGCUCGCCCACGUACUUCUACGCCUUCUACCACCACUGCCAGAGCCUUAUGAAGCCGGUGUGGUCAGACUCGGCGCAUGGAGACGAGGUGCCGUAUGUGUUUGGCAUCCCGAUGGUGGGCCCCACGGAUCUGUUCCCCUGCAACUUCUCCAGGAAUGACAUCAUGCUCAGCGCCGUGGUCAUGACGUACUGGACCAACUUUGCCAAGAGCGGGGACCCUAACAAGCCAGUGCCGCAGGACACCAAGUUCAUCCACACCAAGGCCAAUCGCUUUGAGGAGGUCGCCUGGUCCAAGUAUGACCCCUACGACCAACUGUAUCUGCACAUUGGCCUGAAGCCUCGGAUCCGCGACCACUACAGAGCCACAAAAGUAGCUUUCUGGAAACACCUGGUCCCCCAUCUCUACAACCUCCACGAUGUUUUCCACUACUCCUCAACGACCACCAAAGUCACCCCUCUGGACCCCACCCAGUCCAACGGCAAGAGGUCCGGUAGCACCGGCCGGCCUCCCAUGUCCACGUCUCAUGGUGACGGUGAGGCCGGUAGAGAGAUGGGUCCCCUGAUCAUGCCCAAUCCCAGAGAUUACUCCACAGAACUCAGCGUCACCAUCGCCGUGGGAGCGUCGUUGCUUUUCCUCAACGUCUUGGCCUUUGCCGCCCUGUACUACCGCAAGGACAAGCGCAGUCGCCAGGAGACGUCCCAGCAGCCCAGCCCCCAACGCGAGAGUAAAGGCAACAAUGCCAGCCACACCAACACGGUAGAUGAAACCCUGUCAUCCCAGCAGAGGAGCCCAUGUGAAGCCCUCCACAAUCCUCUUCACGCCUCACCCAGCUACUCUCUAAGCCAGCGCCGCUCCCCAGAUGACAUCCCUCUGAUGACCCCCAACAACAUCACCAUGAUUCCCAACUCUCUGAUGGGCCUCUCCAACAUGAGUCCAUACAGCACCUUUCCCGCUGGCUACAGCUCCACAGGCUUGCCCAGCACCCACUCGACCACUCGGGUAUAGCCUGGCACGAGGGCGGAUGUGACAAAAUGCGAAAUACGAACAUUUAAAGCUGUCUUUAGAAUGUGUACGUAAAUUAGGAAUCGAAUAUGUUUGUUUCGUCUUUUCCAAAGGUGUGCAGCCAACAACAUCCUGCCUUUGCUCUCUCAUAGUAGGAAGUCUUACUUGCAGAGUCAUUUUAUAAUAUCCAUUGUCGAAGGCAGUUUAAAAGAGAAAAAAGUGCAUUUCAUUUUCCACUUUCUGGAACUUUACCUAGCAGGAACUUAGUAUAAUGUUUAUACAGUUGGAUUUGUAUGGGAAGCUUUUUCUUACUCUGUGAUAUCUAUUUUGCUCUCGUGGAACAAAGUGACAUUACGAUUCACGGUGGGUGGAGGGGAGUUCUUGGAAAAGCAGAGAAGCAUUACUACUGUUGCUAUUAUCAAGCUAUUUUAUACGCAUUUCUCAUGUCAUAUUGCUUAUUAUGAAAAAGUAUUUUUACUGUAAUUACUUUCGAAAUGCCUUGUACAUCGCUUAAACACUGACUUACUGUGGAAUCUUGACUGCAGUGAAUGAAUGACGGCCAUACUUGAUGGAAAUGUCCAACUUAGCCAAAAUGUUCCGAUCCGGUGGUGCAAAUAUGGCAUCCGCAUGUGUGUGUGAGUGGGCUGACGUGGGUGUGUGAGCGUGUGGAUGAGCUGAAAUCUGUGCUACAGAAAUGUAAAUUAGGCAUUGGUUAAAAUUAACCUCUCAGUUUUGCAUAUGUAGUGUUGUGUAUUUUAUUGUAGUCCACUUGAGUAUCCUUGCUACAUUUUGGCUCUAUGUGAUUUUCAUUUCUUUUCAGCGAAGUACACUGUAGGGAUAUAACUUCUGCUUCACUAUAAACAAAAAUAUUGCUUUAGAUGUGUUUUCCUACUCUAACUAACUCAUGGUUUUGGCUUUGGCUUGGCUUGUUUGUACAGAAUAAACUUAGACUGAUAUUUGAUUUGUUGUUUGUUUAUGAAUAGUGUAAACCCUUCAGAGAGAUGGCUGUAAUUACUUUGUAGCUGUAUGUAUACCACUUCAGUUAUCCAUCAUUUGAGAAGAAAAGAAAAAGGAGCUCUAUGACUCUUUAUGGUAUAACAUUGCUCCUUCUGCAAGUGGUUUGGACCCACGCUCUUGUUAAAUGCGGGAGUUUUGCAACACUGAAUGGACAUGAUGGACAUGAAGAAUUGAGCUUUGAUUUCUUUGAACCUAUCAUAACAUUGUUUAACCUAAAUGAGACAGCUAUUAAAAGAUUUUUGAACCUA